AUGGAGUCCAUACUUCUACUGCUCGCAAUUAUCCUCGUCGGUUUAUCUCUGGUUAGAUCAUUAUUCGGCAGAAAGCACCCUCUAGGACCCUUACCACCAGGACCUCACCGAAAACCGAUAAUCGGCAAUCUAACGGACCUGCCAUCCCACGAUGUCCGCGAUUGGGAAUACUGGCUUACACAUAAAGACCUCUACGGUAGUCACCUCGUCUACAGAACAGAAUAUCUCCCUCCCCAGGGCAAUACUAACAUUGAGCUAGGUCCAAUCAGCUCAUUGAGCAUAUUAGGCGACAAUAUCGUCAUCCUCAAUGACGCCCGCUACGCCAGAGAAAUACUUGAAAAGCGGUCUUCCAUCUGGUCCUCCAGACCUAGUUGGAACUUCGGUAAAAUGGCCGGUUGGGAUAAGAUUCUAGGCACCCUAGAAUAUUCAAACCCCUCGUUUAAGGACAUGCGGAAGGCCCUUGGUCAUCAGAUUGGGUCGAAGUCAGCUGUGUCUCGAUUCAACGCGGUGCAGGAUCGUGAGGUCCGUCGGUUUCUUCUUCGUGUACUUGAGGAUCCGGAUAAUUUACUACAACAUAUACGCAAAGAGGCUGGUGCUAUCGUUUUAAAGGUCGCUUAUGGCUAUACGAUUGAGCCACAUGGACAUGACCCUCUUGUUGACCUCGCCGAUGAGGCGAUGGCUACGUUUGGGUUGGCGAUUCUCCCGGGGACGUGGGCUGUGGAUUUUAUUCCGAUCUUGAAACAUGUGCCUACGUGGUUUCCGGGGGCUCGGUUUGCGCGAAUGGCAAAACAAUUUCGAAAGCAUGUUGCAGCGUUCAGCGAUGUGCCCUAUGCCUUUGUGAAACGCAAGCUGGCCCAGCAAGACUUUGAGCCAUCUUUUCUGGCCGGUUUACUCCAGAAGAAUGCGAACCAGCUUGGGCCGGGGUCUUAUGAAGAAACGGUGAUAAAGUGGGCUGCUGCGUCCUUCUAUGGGGGCGGAUCUGAUACGACGGUAUCCACCAUGUCGAGUUUCUUCCUUGUGAUGGCCCUCUUCCCCGAGGUGCAACGGAAGGCGCAAGCCGAAAUUGAUCGUGUUGUAGGGUCAGACCGUCUACCUAGUUUUCAGGAUCGCGAAAAUCUCCCAUAUAUUGAUGCCAUGGUCAAAGAAAUCCUCCGGUGGCAUCCGGUUCUCCCGAUGGGUACCGCGCAUGCCUCCGUCAAGGACGAUAUGGCAUUCACACACGACCCCAAUACCUACCCAGAUCCGCACUCCUUUAAGCCCGAGCGCUUCCUGAGCGACGAAGGACACGACCCGGAGGCCAAUCCGUACUACUUGGUCUUCGGAUUCGGACGCCGUGUCUGCCCCGGCCGCACACUAGCGGAUGCGAACCUAUAUAUCUCCAUUGCUCAAUCGGUGGCAGCCUUUACCAUCACCAAGCCGACUCGAGAUGGCAAGGAGAUCGAUCUACGGACCGAAUAUCAAGCGGGUGCGAUCAGUCACCCGGUGCCGUACCACGUUACUAUCCAGCCGCGUAACCCGCGGUAUGAAGAGCUUAUCCGAGCAGUGGAAACAGACCAUCCGUGGGAGAAAAGCCAUUCUGAGGAGCUUAAAGAUCUUACGCUGGUGUGA